AUGACCGACCACUCCUGUCCCGACCGACCGACCGAAGACGAACUCCAGAUCCACCGCCAGAUCUCGCUGGCUGCGUACGCCGCGGCCGGCGUCGGCUGCGCACUCGGUAUCGUUGGUAAUGCCCUCAGCGUGCUCGUGUUGCGAUGCGUGCGGCCCCGCGCCGCGCCCAUCUACCUGUACCUGACGGCGCUGGCGGUGGUGGACCUGCUGACGCUGGUCAGCGCGCUGCCGUACGUGGCGUACCGACUGGUGCCGCCAUCUGCCAGCUGCAGUGGCUUUCUCGUCAGCACCGGGCCCUUUCUCGCCUUCUACAUGGCGCACUGUCUCAACCCGCUUGCUAACGGCUUCGUCUACAUCAGCGUGUACAUCACCUUCUGGAUCACGGUGGACCGGUACGUUGCGGUCCGGCACCCGGCACAGUACGCGGCCCGCCAGGAUCGUUCCGGCCAAGCGCGUGACCGAAUCGUCUUCUCGGCUGUGAUCACGUUCGUCGCAAACAUGCCGUCGGUAUUCUACUACGACAUGGUCGCAGACAGCGGGGGCUACCGGGUCGACUUCCACCCGUCAGUGAUGAGAAACCACUGGUGGAUGUGCGUUGUCUCGCUGCAGCAGGCCAUGCUGCUCGGUCCCGUCGUCGCCAUUCUCGUCAUGAACGUGAUGGUGAUGACGCGUGUGCUUCGGAUCCAGCGUGGCGUGCGCGCCGAGCCGCCGCCUGUCUGCGUGAUCGUGCCUGUGUACGACGACACAGAACGCCGGCUGGUCUGGCUCUUGGUGGCCAUCAGCGGCGCCUGUGUGGCAUGCAACGUUCUCUCUCCGGCCGUCGUCCUGAUGGCGCUGGCCAGACCGCGCAAGGAUCUGCUCUUCGUGCUGCAGUCGGUCGGCAACGACCUGCAGUUUGCGAACAGCCUGUUGAACGUGCUCUUCUACUACGUGUUCAGUCUGGAGAUGCGGCGCGCCCUGUACGGCCUGGUCGAGCGCGGUGUGGCGCGGCUGCGCCGGCUUCGCGGCCAGGCCGACUCGGUCCAGCUGCGGGUCAAGUCGCUGCGCGCCCGCCAGCUCGUCUCCGGCUCCCUCUUCACGGCGCGGGCUUUGACGAGCGAGGGCGUGCUACACUGA